UCUCUCUCUCUCUCACACACACACACACACACACACACUGCUGGAUCCUCACAGGUGAACACACACAUGCCUCUAACUUGGAGCGCUUUACGGUCAUUUAACCAACAGGGAAGUCACGGUAAACUUCUAUGCGGCUGGUGUAGAGUAACAGCUCGGUUUCACGGUGUGGUGACGCGGUGAAUGCAUCUUCAUUUUCUGUGAGAACUGCUGAGCUCCUAACAGGUGUUGGGACAAGCGUCCUGCUCGGAGAGACAACAUGUCCAGUAGGAAACACGCAAAUGCUGCGGGAAACAGCUCCUCACAGAUGACUCUGAAGGAGUGCCUGGAUGAGUGUAUGGAGGCCUUGGAUCUCUUCCUUAACAACCACUUCAGUGAGAGCCUGGAGAGGCUGCGGCCAAGAGUGAAUGAGAGUAUGUACCACGCUCUUAUCUACGCCACAGUGCUGGAAAUGCAGGCCAUGAUGACUUUCCAGCCCGAUGACAUCAGCAACGCGGGGAAUACCAUGAAGAGUGCACAGGAGGUCUGCCAGAGGUUUCGACGGAAGUCCCCAAUUUUGGCUAACAAGUCAGUCGGGGAAUCACUCACUGAAGUGCAGCUUCAUGCUGAAGUGUGUUACGCAGAGUGCCAACUCCAAAGAGCUGCUCUCACCUUCCUACAGGAUGAGAACAUGGUGAGUUUUAUCAAAGGAGGGAUCAAAGUACGAAACAGUUACCUAAUUUACAAAGAACUGCAUUCCUUCAUAAAAUCUCACAACUGUCUCAAAGGACCCAGCCACGUUCACUUAGAGGGAGGAAUAUCAUUUGGAAUAGGGGCAUUUAAUCUGACACUCUCUCUAUUUCCUCCACGGAUACUCAAAGUUUUGGAGUUUGCGGGCUUCUCUGGAGACAAGGAAUACGGUCUGUCUCUGCUGAAUGAUGGUGCAACAGGGAUGAAUCUGCGCUCCAUGCUGUGCGCUCUGCUGCUGCUCUGCUACUACACCUUUCUCACGUUCAUACUAGGUACAGGCGAGGGAGAGGUGACUGAAGCUGAAAGGCUGCUGAAACCUUUCCGUCUCCGCUACCCACGGGGAGCAAUCUUCCUCUUCUUUGCAGGCAGGACUGAAGAGAUCAAGGGGAACAUUGAUGAGGCGGUGGCACUCUUUGAAGAUGGCUGCAAGGCCCAGCAGGCGUGGAAGCAGUUCCACCACAUGUGCUACUGGGAGCUGAUGUGGUGCUUCACCUACAAGCGGGCGUGGAAGAUGGCGUACUUCUACGCAGACCUGCUGAGCCAGGAGAGCCGCUGGUCCAAGGCCAUGUAUGUUUUCAUGAAGGCUGCUUACCUCAGCAUGCUGGGUGAAAACGAGGCCAGGCCUUUUGGGGAGGACGAAGUCGAGCUCUUUAGACAAGUGCCCACCUUCAAGCAGAAGAUAGCAGGGAAGUCUCCCCCGACUGAGAAGUUUGCUAUCCGUAAAGCCAGACGCUACAAGGCUCGCUGUCCAAUCAGGCUACCAGUGCCAGUGUUGGAGAUGAUGUACAUGUGGAACGGUUUCAGCAUGAUCAGCAAACGGCCAGAGCUGACUGAAGGCAUGAUGCAGACUUUGGAGGAGGCAGAGCGCACCCUGCUGGAGUCUCCUGAAAACGAGUAUUCGGUGGAUGACCGCUGUUUGAUCCACCUGCUGAAGGGUCUGUGUCUGAAGAACCAGGGUCUCCUCCAGGCUGCUGAGGAGUGCUUCAACAAAGUGUUGUCCAGUGAAAAGAAGAUCAAGUUUGACCACUACCUGGUGCCCAACUCUCUGGUGGAGCUCAGUCUGCUCUACAUAGACCAAGGCAGAAGGGACGAGGCUAUUAAGCUACUGCACAAGGCCAAACACAACUACAAAGAAUACUCGAUGGAGUCUCGCACGCUGUUCAGGGUGCACGCAGCUCUGGCCAAACUCAAGGCAGACCCCGGUGAAGAGGAGGACACUCACAUGUAGGAAGACAUUUCUCCACACUCUGGACUCUCCGUUUCCCUCACGGUUUAUGGCUGUUUUAACUCCAUACCCAGUUGUUGUUUUUUUAACCUAUAUCUAUUUUCUACAAGUGAAUGCUGGGUAUUUUAUCACUGUGUUCAGGUAUACCUUUCGUUUCACUGUCUACACUAACCUACCAUGGAACAAAGGUAGAGCCUGUGCUUCUCAGACUGGGAGACAUUUGAGUCUAUAUACAGUAGACAUUUAAUUUUUUAGACAAUGUUUUUAUGGUUUACAUUGAAAAUUAAAGAACACUCGAUUUUAAUCAACUGAUUGAAAGACACUGAAUAUUAAAUGUCAGAAAUUCUAUGACUUAAUGAAAGGUAUAUUAAUGACUUUAUUUAACUGUAUGAAGAGCUCUACAUGAUUAUUACAUAAUGAAGUAACUUCAGCAGACUGUGCUGUUUUAAGGUGUUAAGAUGUUCAUGGUAUUUCAACUGCUAAAACAUUUGAUACAAAUCAGUUUUAAAAUUUAGAAAAAUGGUAAACUGGCUUGUAGACAUUUCUGAGCCACAGUCAGCAGCUGGUAUUCUAUGCACCGUCAUUCAUUUGACUCCUUCUGCAUGGUUGCUAUGAAAAUGUUGUUUUAAAUUCAGUGUUUAGGUGUAUCUUUAACAGUGCAUGCACUUUCCAGAAAGUUCAGGAUGUACAAAAAUUAUUUUUGCACAAAUAAAUUCUACAUACUAACGUC